GUGCCGCUGUAACCGCCGCUCUCCGCUGUCCGCUGUCCGCUGUCCGCUGUAGAAAGGCCCGCUGCUUUCGUCGCUCAGUCGUAUUCGACGACGAGCAAACGUCGGUUUCGACGUUUCGCGAUUCUGCUCCCUCUCUCUGAGAGUAAAACAGGGUUGUGGCGGUAGCAGACACGGGAGACAGCCGCGGGAGAGUGUCUCCUUGUGUCGUUGGCCGUGUUUCGGCGUGUCGUGGUUGUUCUGACGAGUGUUCGCGGUGGCUGGGAACAGGUUUACGGUCUGUUAGCAGCUGAUGAACUGGUUGAAGAAGAAGUGACAGUAGCUGUGUUGAAGAGAAAAGGAGAGUUGUCAGCUGCUUUAGGUUUAGCUUCGAUCGGCGUUGAGUAUCUUCCUGAAAAUCUCGGGGUCUCAUAAGGAUUCGGCUUCAUCUCCUACAUCAGCAUAUGCGAAAAGCCGUUGACAAUUUAUCACGAGAACACUGCAAAUCGACCAUUUUCAACCCUUCAACAAGCGCGCUGUGCCGGCGCAAUGACCUGAGCUGGGUCAUCCACCGGUGCCGCGAUGCCCCUUCAUCAGAUUAGCGUCACACCCGUGGAAAGAGCGAAGAGAGUCGAAGAGAGAGGCAUGCGACAUGAGGCCAAGGAGACGUUUCACGUGACCUCACCGACGCCGCCAUCGGCCGCCGAGCGAUGUAGCUCGAGAGCGUCCACCCUAUCCUACAGCAGGGACUUCUGCAGGAUAUGCCACUGCGAGGGCGACAGCGAUGUGCCACUGAUCUCUCCCUGCUACUGUGCCGGCUCACUGAGGUAUGUUCACCAGGCGUGUCUGCAGCAGUGGAUCAAAUCCUCCGACAUACGGUGUUGCGAGCUCUGCAAGUUCACCUUCAUCAUGCAGACCAAAACCAAACCGUUCAACAUGUGGGAGCGGCUCGACAUGGCCUCCUCCGAGCGUCGCAAACUCCUCUGCUCCGUCACCUUUCACGUCGUCGCCCUGACCUGCGUGGUCUGGUCACUGUACGUUCUCAUUGAACGUACGACCGAGGAGGUGCACUCUGGGGUACUCGGCUGGCCUUUUUGGACAAAACUUAUCGUUGUGGCCAUCGGCGUCACAGGAGGGAUAGUGUUUAUGUAUGUGCAGUGUAAAGUCUACGCACAGCUUUGUAGAAGGUGGAGGGCGUACAACCGGGUUAUAUUCGUACAGAAUGUACCCGAAAAGGUACCUCCGGCCGAUUUGGAGAUGGGGAGGGUCACGGGGACGGGAGGGGGAGCGGGGGAUGGUGUGGACGCCGCUGCUGCUCCUGUGUCGGACCACAUGCGAUGA